AUGGUCGUGCAAACCCUCCGCGAGAAACAAGCACCUCUCAAGCAACAAUACAAAGAUGACCCUACCUCCGCCGUCGUCACUCUCAAGGCUUCUGGUAGUCUUGAUUCCUCGUCCGUAACCUGCAAGCUCGACACUGGCAAGCAGAUGGCGGAAGCACAGCAGAAAAUCGCGGGUCUACACCAGAAAUCCGGCGGCGACGAUCCAGAAAUCUCUGGCGAACUCUGCUCAGGCGACCUCCUCCUUGAAGCGCUCGUCGCCUGCGCCGGCGUAACCCUCAAAGCCGUCGCGACCGCCAUGGAAAUCCCCAUCAAGUCCGGCACUGUUCGCGCAGAAGGCGACUUGGAUUUCAAGGGGACUAUGGGGGUUGAUAAAAGCGCGCCGGUGGGGUUCAAGGAUAUCAGGUUGUCCUUUGAUUUGAAGUUCAUGGAGGGGGCGGAGGUUCCUGAAGAGAAGGUGGAGAAGUUGGGCAAGUUGACGGAGAGGUAUUGUGUGGUGUUGCAGACGAUUGCGAAGAAGCCUGAGUUGAGUGUGAAUCUGCAGGGGAUGCAGAAGGGCGAGGAUGGGAUUGAGAAGGGGUAUGUUUGGGGGCAGAAGGGGUGA